AAAAAACUAACAUUUAUAAACAAAAUCAAAGUUGGAUAAUUUGAGAAGAUAUCUAUUUCAAAAAAUGCAACUUUCCAUUGGCUUUGGUAGAUGAUCUUCACAUCGUAAAGAAUGUUUUCUGUAAGCGCGUUGAGAGAAAAAUUUGAGACCAAGUCGAAGGUCAAUGGGUUUAACAAUGCGAACACGACGUACACUCUUUGUCCUGAACAAAAAAGAGAAAGACCUUUCCUAUAUAAGAAAUACAUGGAAGACGAUUCACUGGAUGCGAUCCGUGUUUAUACCAAGAAAGAGGACGAAUCAAGUGAGUUGACGAAUAAAUAUGAUAGACUAUACAACGCUUCGUCAUUGUAUAAUUCUUCAGCCAAGCAGCCUAGCUAUUCAGGAUUUGUAAAUGAAACAACACAUCCCGGCUGUGAAAAAGUAGAUUCGGCAGUAUCGAAUCUAGAAACAGAGGAAACAGAUUUCUUUGAAGAAAAAUCAAAAUCGUUAGCUAAAGAAAACAAGCCGAAUGAUACACUGGAGACUCUUUAUCUACAAGCUAACAACAAAGCGUCUCGGUCACCCUAUUUUAAUAAAAGAAUUUACGAGAGCCGAAAAAGAUUGUAUGACAAUUACAUGAAGCAAAAAGAACAGCUCAGUGACUUGCGUCAGUCGGCAUCAAGAGUUCUUGGAAAUAUCGGGGAAUUUCGCAAACGUUAUGAAAAAGACGAGACAAGUUUUUCAGAUUAUGCUCUUAAAUCCGAAAUAAAGGCUAAACAGAACAAACAUUUAUAUUUAAAUCAGAUGGAAAAUGCAGGGUUCAACUACGACACAUUCGUGCAGAUACAAUUAGAAGAAGGUGAAAAAUCCAUCAAUGGCAAGAGGAUGAAAGAAUCCAUUUUUACCUCAAAAGAAAACAUGCAAGAUGAGGAAGAGAAAUCUAUCACCAAGACAGUAGAUGAGUCUGACCUUAAGAAAACAGGAGAAGAGUCUGCGACUGAACAAAACUUUAGCGUGAAGAAUUUAAGGGAUUACUGGAACGAUCGUUUGUCGCCUAGACGAACCAGCAGUCGAAUCAGCAAUGGGAAAGAGAGCGCGACGAAAGUUCAGGAGAAGCGACCAGUUGCAAGAGCAUCGUCGUUCUCUGAGAAGAAGUCGCAGGUAACCGGACGCAGUUUUCAAGACAGUAGCUUCAAAGCGAAAAAAACACAAGCGGAGCUUUUAAAUAUCUCCUUAGAUUCCGCAAAAGAAGAAAAAGCUCGCUUAAAGUUGCAUCAAUCUACACCCUUAUUUAAGACACACCCAAGCUGGUUUAUAAAAGGAACACAGGUCAAAUUAAAUCGACCCACAUCUGUUUUAACACCCAAGAAAGAAAAGGUUACAUCCACGCCUAUUAAGAAAACCACACCGCGAAGAUCGCCCUCGCCGCGUCUUGCUGUUGCAAAAUCUAAGGCUUUGCAAUUGGAGCCGAGAAAUUUCAAAAAGGUCCUGAAGAAAUUUGGUCGUGGAAAAUUUGACUAUGAUAUUCACGGAAGACAAAUUUUGAUAACUCAAAAUGGCGCUGCGAUUCCAACUCGUUAUUUGGACAGUUCAAUGCUUCAUGAUCUAACGUUCUCAUUGGAUGAUUAUGUAGCUAAACAUUAUGAUUGGAGGAUGGAAAGAUAUGCUUUGAACCAAAGGCAAAGCUGGUCGUCGUUGUAUUUGCCAUCUGAUUACGAAUACUUGAGAGCUUCCGAAAAAGAGAGAUUACGUUUGAAGGCAGAAGAAAAGAUUCAACAGCAACUUGCUGAGGGAAUGUUUAAAUAUGCAGAACAACAAUAUGGAAAGAAGAGACAUCAAAUAUCUGAAAAGAAAGGUCAUACCACAGAAGAAUUUGAAUUCUAUUUGCAAGCAGUAAAAGCGCAAGUAAAGGAAGCAACUGAUAAACUCAAUGAUUUACUGAAAAAGAAAAAGGAAAUCGAUGCAAAAGUUACAGCAGCCGAGAGAGAACAGCGAAUACAACAAGAGAAAUUAAGAAAUGCUGAGAUAGAAAUUGAGAAAGCCAUCAUUGCAGAAAGAAAUCCUAUUUUACCGAAAGAUUUGAUCUUUCGCCAUAUUACUCCAGAGUGGCUUUACAAGCAAAAAGAAAACGACAAAAGACUAGCAUAUGUCCCUGCAUUUGGGUGUCAUCUAAAAAACACCAAAGAAACAGGAGGUAUAAGAAAUACAGCACCAAAGAAAAGUGAAUUAACAAAAAAGAAGAGAAAAGCAGAAAAAUUUUAAGCAAGACACGUAAGAAGAAGAAGAAAGAAAACGGAGAGGAUCAAUCUACAACAUCAAGAGAAUUAAGCACACCUUUGAUAAGCCUCAACUCCCAUAACGAAGAAGACACAUUAAAAGAAGGAUUUAAUCAAACCUACAAAUCAGAAAAAUAAUAAAAACUCCAAGAAACCAGAUUAAACUUUAUAUAGUAGUUCUUUUGAGUUUAGGGAAUAGCUACCUAGUAGGUUAAAUCUUGUUUCCAAGGUUUCACAGUUUUUUGUAUUAAGACGGGCCUAAGUUGCUUAUAAGUCUUGAUGGAAUAGAUUAGUAAGCCACCAGUUGCACCAUUAGAAAGCUCUAAUAAAGAGUAAAUAAGUAAAUUUUGGUCCGAAAAAGCCCAAAAACGGCCUAUAUUUCGCCUAGUAACUCAAGUUAAGUUUAAAUUCUACCGUUCAUUUUUGAACUGAAUAUUUUCAAAGAGCUAUUUGAUAACAUAAACUAUGGUGUUUUCGCUUUAUAAAAUCUAACUAAGCAGACCAAUAAAAUCUUGUUGUUUAUGAUAAAUAGCUUAUAUUAUGUGUUUUACUUUGUCUCUUAAAAAUACACAAACUUCCGAUUUUUUGGUGCCCAUUCCUCCCUGCGUUAAAAGUAUGGUUUUUAUUCUCUUUUUCUUGAUUUAUUGAUUUUUUGUAGUUAGGUAUAUUAUAUUUGUAAUUUGUAACGGAUUUUUUGUAAUAAUUUCAUAUAUUCGUAAAAAAAGA